AUUUUCAAGUCUAAUCUUUGGAUCAAAAGAACUCUUGAAGUUAUGAUUGCUUCACAGUAUCUCUCUGCUCUCACUUUCGUGCUUCUGCUGUUUAAAGAAAGUAGAACCUGGUCUUACCAUGCAUCCAAGGAAAACAUGACUUUUGAGGAGGCCAGAGAUUAUUGCCAGAAAACUUACACAGCUCUAGUUGCAAUUCAAAACCAGGAAGAGAUUAAAUACCUGAACUCCACAUUCAGCCAUUCACCAAGUUACUACUGGAUUGGAAUCAGAAAGAUCAACGAUAUAUGGACCUGGAUAGGGACCAAUAAGUCUUUGACCAAAGAAGCCACAAACUGGGCUCCAGGUGAACCAAACAAUAAGCAAAGUGAUGAGGACUGUGUAGAGAUCUACAUUAAGAGAGCAAAGGACUCAGGCAAGUGGAAUGAUGAGAGAUGCACCAAAAGGAAGCUAGCCUUGUGUUAUAAAGCUGCCUGUACCCCCACACCCUGCAGCAGCCAUGGUGAAUGUGUAGAGACCAUUAACAACUACACUUGCCAGUGCCACCCUGGCUUCAAGGGCCUCAAAUGUGAGCAAGUUGUGACCUGUCAGGCACAGAAACAUCCUGAGCAUGGACAUCUGGUUUGCAACCCUUUGGGGAAAUUCAGCUACAACUCUUCCUGCUCCGUCAGCUGCGCAGAGGGCUACCUCCCGAGCAGCACGGAGGCCACGCGGUGCACGUCCUCUGGAGAAUGGAGCGCUCCUCUCCCAACCUGCAAUGUGGUUAAGUGUGAUGCUUUGUCAAAUCCGGACAACGGAGCUGUAAACUGUUCCCAAAACCAUGGAAGCCUCCCAUGGAACACCACCUGUACGUUUGAGUGUCAGGAAGGAUAUAAAGUCACUGGACCCCAGCACCUACAGUGUACCUCCUCUGGGAUUUGGGACAACAAGCAGCCAACAUGUAAAGCUGUGACGUGUGCAGCCAUCAGCCAUCCUCAGAAUGGCACUGUGAACUGUCGCCACUCCUCGGCUGGAGAGUUCGCUUUCAAGUCAUCCUGCCACUUCGCUUGUACAGAGGGCUUCGUGUUGCAGGGGCCACCCCAGGUUGAAUGCACUGCCCAGGGACAAUGGACACAGCAGGUCCCGGUUUGUGAAGUGGUACGAUGUUCACGUUUGGACGUUUCUGGAAAGCUCAGCAUGAACUGCAGUGGGGAGCCCGUGCUUGGCACUGAGUGUAGGUUUGCAUGUCCUGAAAGAUGGACGCUCAACGGCUCUGUAGUGCUGACGUGCGGUGCCACAGGACACUGGUCUGGGAUGCUGCCAACCUGUGAAGCUCCCACUGUGUCCCAAACUCCCUUGGCAGUUGGACUUUCUACUGCUGGAGUCUCCCUUGUGACAAUAUCAUCAUUUUUCUUCUGGCUUCUGAAACGCCUUCGGAAGAAAGCAAAAAAAUUUUCUCCUACCAGCAGCUGCUCAAGCCUGAAAUCAGAUGGAUGCUACCCAGCACCUUCUGAGUUAAUUUAAGUCCAAAGGAAUCAGGAGCACAAGCAAAUUAGGGAACGAGAGCAAUACCCUGAAGAUGGCAGAGACAGAGAGGUCUGCUUGGGUCUCCAGCUCUUCUCUCCUACUGCAUCCACUGGCUACAUUUACAGGUGGGGCCAUGGUACCCAUGAGGACUUCAGUGGACAAAAUCCAACGAGCAAGUCCAGUCUGCUACCAAAAAAGACAAUUCUCAAGUCCAGUCUGCUACCAAAAAAGACAAUUCUCUCCUUUCCAGCACUGGCUACUGGAAGGAAGGGAUAUUCUUGUCCAUGCAAAAGCAAAGAGACUAAGGGUCUAGAAUCUCAGAAUUCCUUUCCUAACUCACCCUUCACUCACUUUGAAAUUUUGUGGGGCAAUACAAUAUUUAAUGGCACUGUUUCUUUCUUUUGUCCCUCAUGGUGUUUCAGCUGCUGACUCUGUAGUUGCUGUCAUGGGGAGGAAUAAUAAUUGUCAAGAAUGUAGAGGAAACUGGUCAUAGAUAUUCUAUUAAUAGACUUGGGGGGAAAUGACAAAAGUUUAAUGCCACGGGGUGAUGACAUGUGAAAAGUUGUUAAUAGUGGAAAUUCUAUUUAGCACAGCAAGUUCAGUCUCAAUCACUUUGAUCCCUGUGGGAUUCAGUGUUUUUUAAAGUGUUUUUACCUUCCCAGGUGGCACAGUGAUAAAGAAUCUGCCUGCCACUGCAGGAGA